GUUCAUAUAAACAACAACAUCUACGUCGAUUUUAUUUCCAUAUUUCGCCUAGGGAAUCCCAAACGAUGAUAAUAACUCAACGCUAUAAAACGUUCAUCCAAGCUUGAAGACUAUCAGUGCAGUACGGUUACUGAUUGGAUUUGCAACAACGAUGAUACGGAAAUUGAUUUCAAUUCUAGCGUGCAUUGCAGGAGCACUGUCUCUCCAUGUCAUUUCAGCUACCCGAAAAAAUGCAUCCAUAUGGAACGAAUACUCCCUACCCAUGCCUGGUAUAUGCGGAGUCAGCCUGUCGGAUCGCAUCCGAGGAGGAGAGAAGACGGCCAUCAACGGCUAUCCCUGGGCUGCCGUUCUGGGGGUCAAGUAUAGAAACCGUGAGCCGAACUUUAUGUGCGGAGGAUCGCUGAUUUCGGAUCGCUUUGUCCUGACUGCGGGGCACUGUCUUAGACGGUUUCUAAGCGGAGAAAGAGAAUUAAUGGUACGCCUUGGUGAGUGGGACAUUGCCAGCGAGAAUGAUUGCGUUGAUGGUCAUUGCUCGGACAAGCCGAUCGAUUACGACGUAGACACUUUUCUACAACACGAAGAUUAUACAUCGAAUCCGACUCACAACGACAUUGCACUGGUAAAGCUGGCAAGGCAGGUCAAGUUUACGGAAUUCGUAUCUCCGGUUUGUCUUCCAGUUACCGAAGUACUGAAGAGCAAGUCCGAAGCCGGUAGAAUGUUCACCAUUGUUGGAUGGGGUACAACGGAGGUCGGUAUUGAAGAACCCGGCUACUACGCAAGUCGGUUCAAAUUGGAGGUCGAUAUGCCCGGUGUUGAUUGGGAUACGUGUUAUAAGAGAAAUCCUAGACUGUGGGAUUCGGAGCUUUGCGCUGGAAAUGACACCGAAAAGCAGACCUGCGCCGGUGAUUCCGGUGGUGGAUUGACGAUUACUGAGAAGGACGGAUACUGGUACCAGUAUGGAAUCAUCAGCUACGGAUUCGGAUGUGGUACGGUUGAUUUCAAAGUAUUUGUGCGGGUCGUCAGUUUUUUGCCGUGGAUUAAGGAUAAUAUUAAGAAACUGAGCGGCGAUGGUUGAUGGCGAAAGCACGCGUAGAAAGUAGUGCCAUACAAAUAAAUCGGGUAAUGCCUAUUCCUAAUAUUUGAGUUUAAUUUCACAUUCUAUCGUGCGUUUGACGUGUCUUUGUAUAAAUGGAAUCCCAUUUAGUCUAUUUUCCAAUUUUAAAAUCAUGUCCAGGUAUAAGUGUAUUCUCACUAAGUGUUCCGAAGGUAACUUAAGGAAACCAAAAAUAUUUUGAGUUGAGUAUUUACAGGACUUCCAUAAUAAGUGAUUCCUGUGAGUUAUCAGAAGGCAACUUAAGGAUAUUAAAAAAAUCUUGGGGAAAAAUUCACAGGAUUUCCAUAAUAAGUGACUCUUGGUGAUGAACAGAAGGUACUUACCUUACCAAUCAGGCUAAGGCCUUGUUGUCCUCUGCUGUCCGAAGAAGUCGUCUCAACUCUACUCGAUCCAUGGCCAC